UAAAAAUGGAAUUUAUUAUUUACUUAACCAAUAAAAGUGCACGUGGAUGUGUCACAUGCACGGUUGGUGGAUGUGAUAGAGAACUUUGUAACACGUCGAUUAUUGGAAAGAGAAGGAAAAAUAUACGUUGGGUGUAUUUGUUUAAAUUGAGAAAUUUGAAGAAAAAGAAAAAGCGACAGAAGAAAUAAAAGAAAAGAAAAGAAAAGAAGAAGAAAAAAAAUACCGUAUCUCGAUCGAAAGUUAAAAGUAAGGGCGCAUGAAUGAUUUAGUUGAUGAAAUUUGCUUCCGAUCACAGUUACAAUACGGUCGACCGAAUGUGCGUGCGAAUGAUCUUAAGCGCGUACAAUCGAAGAAAGUAAAGUAGAAUAAGCGGCGGGUCCUUCUAUAAGCCCGGUGCAACGGUUAGAAACCUAUGAAUGAAGAGAAGUGGUGGAUUAUUCAAAAUCAUUAGCUGGAGCAAACAAGUGGCCAUAUCCCGGCGCAUAAGUUUGACAGCAAUGGCUAAAAGUAAAUUUGAAUAUGUAAAAGAAUUCGAACGGGACGAUAAUUGCUUGCCAAAUUGUUGGAUUGUGGUUAGAAUAGACGGUAGGAAUUUUUCCAAAUUCACUGACGCUCAUCAAUUUGCCAAGCCGAACGAUGUUGCCGCAUUGGAACUGAUGAAUCGCGCUGCUAUUACUGUUAUGGAAGAUUUUAAAGAAAUAAUAUUAGGUUUCGGACAAAGCGACGAGUAUUCCUUUGUAUUUCGUAAAGACACCCAACUAUAUAAACGCAGAGUGUCCAAGCUCAUGUCCAAUGUGAAUUCUUUAUUUGCUUCGUCUUAUGUGUAUCAUUGGCCUCGAUUUUUCAGAGGUAGAGAUCUUUAUUAUCCGCCAUCCUUUGAUGCACGCGUUGUCUUAUAUCCAACAGAUAAAAAUUUAAGAGAUUAUUUGGCUUGGCGUCAGGCAGAUGUUCAUGUUAAUAAUUUAUACAAUACAUGCUUUUGGAAUCUUGUCCUAAAAGGAAAGCUAACUCCGAGUCAGGCGGAAGAAAAACUUAGAGGUACUCUAGCUUCGCACAAAAACGAAUUGCUUUUCCAAGAAUUUGGAAUAAAUUAUAAUAACGAGCCUGCCAUGUUUCGGAAAGGCACUAUACUUUUACGCAAGCUUGUACCGGAUGGUACAGGACGAUUAAAGCCUGUUGUCGUUCCAUUAAUUGAUGAUAUUAUUGGUGAUAGGUUUUGGAAAGAGAAUCCGGAAGUAAUAGGUUUAAAAAGUUUAGCAACUUAUCAACCACCUAUCAUUAAUAAUGCUAUGAAAAAUACUAUUUGUACAUCAGUGCCUCUAUCUCCUGGUACUCUUAAACAUAUUAAUAAUGUUACAGUACCUCCCGUUGUAUGUAAUACAAAUUCAAAGAAUGAUGAAACAAAUGUUAUAAGAAGUAGAGAGAUGGAUGGUGAUCGAAUGCAAUGUGAAAGUGACCAAAUUAUUAGAAAAUAAGUUGUGUUACAAUAUUUUUUAAGACAAAACUAAAUAUAUUAUUUAAAUCAUGUG